AUGUCUCGACACCGUGCGGUCCGCAACCUCGACCUGGACGAUGAGAUGGCAGAGGAUGAUUUCGACUCGGGAGCCGAGGACCCGUACGAGUCGAUCACGGCCGAGGAGCGCGCGGCCCUGGACGAGGCAAUGACCACCUUGACCUCGGUCUUGGGUCCAUCGCCCCAGAACGGCUUCACCGAACGAGAGAUGCAAGACCAGCUUUGGGAAGCGUACUUUGACGUCGAUCAGGCAACUUCCGCGCUCAUUGAGGAGCGCAGUCGCAGAGAAGCGCGCGACAAGAAACGGGCAGGCCUGGAUGGUGACAGCGAGGCGCAGGUAGACGAGGAAGAGGAAAGUGGCGCGCCCUUAUCUGCACUACAGCGCCUCUCGAUUCAGAGGCGUGUGGCAAAGCAUCCAAGUGGAGCCACAACAGCGCCUGGAACGAGGGGUCUCGGUGGUGGGGGCAGGGCUGGUCUGGCCAAGAAGAAUCUCGCUUCCUUGGCUCCUCCAGAGCUUCAGCAGCCACCAAGAAGAAGCGCACCAUCAUCUUCUUCGUCGAGGCUUGCACAGCUGGCUGCUGCGAAGCGAUCCUCGUCAAAGCGUCCCGCUGAUGCUACCCACCCUGGCGCAUCGUUGUCGUCCAAUGGGUCGACGACGGCUCCUCGUCCGAGCAAACUUGCUGCGCUGGCCGCAAGCCGGGCAAAAGCGCCGUCACCCAUCCCAAGCUCUAUGGAACCCGAAGUCGCAGAAGGCUUAGAGGCAGGCAAGCCUCUCUCGAAGCUGCAGCAGAAGGUGCUGGCUGCCAAGCAGAAGAAGGCUGCUCAAGGGACUCAGAUCAGCAAGGAAGAGAUGCUCGCAGAGAGAGCCAGAGAGCACGAGAGAUUAGAGGAAGAGAGGCAAAGACGGGAGCUACUGCCAUCGGGAGAUGCCAUUGUCUCCCUCUUUCCUUCGGGAGGCGUGGGCGACCCGACCGCAGGGUCCCCGUUUACAAGGAUCCUGCAGCCGGGACAAGAGGGAGGAGGCGAGGUACCGGGUGGAUCGCCUUUUGAUCAAGGCUGCGAAGAAUACAGUCGCUUUCAGACCGUAUUCUCCGAGCCAAGUCCUGAUGACAUCCAGCAGCAAGCGAGGGCAACACCAUCGAGCUCCAAGCCGGCCUCUGGCGCUUCAACACCAGCAAGAGGGGCCAAGCCAACGGGAGCCGGUAUCGCGUCCAAGUCGAAAGAUCCUUCGGUGUCACAAUUACGAUCCGACAUUGAGGGCAUGGGCCUGACAUCGACCAAGGAUGAUGGUGCCGCGGCGUCAAAGAUGGCGAGCAGCAGCGCGGGGGGGAGCAGCGCCAAAGGAAGCGUUCCUGGCACGCCAAAGGUGCUUCUGUCCCAUGAGCGCGUCGUCGAAGAGUUUCGCCGAAAGGAGGACAGCGAAGGCAGAAAACACCUCAGUCUCGUCGUCGUGGGCCAUGUUGAUGCGGGCAAGAGUACCUUGAUGGGGAGAAUGCUACAUGAGCUUGGCAGCCUCAGCGAUCGCGACCACCUCGCCAACGAACGUGCGAGCGCAAAGCUGGGCAAGGGCAGCUUUGCCUACGCAUGGGCACUGGACUCAAGCGAGGAAGAGAGGCAGAGGGGUGUCACGAUUGACGUGGCCCAGGACAGUUUUGCGACGCCACAUCGAACAUUCACGCUUCUCGAUGCGCCGGGCCACCGCGACUUCAUUCCGAACAUGAUCAGUGGAGCAGCACAGGCCGAUGCCGCCGUCCUCGUCGUCGACGCAGCCAAGGGGGGCUUUGAGGCUGGCUUUGGCCCGCAGGGACAGACGAGAGAGCAUGCCAUCCUUGUGAGAAGUCUGGGCGUCCAGCAGCUCAUCGUGGCCGUCAACAAACUGGAUGCCGUCGGAUACGAACAGAGCCGCUACGAUGAGAUCGUCGCCGCACUUCGACCGUUCCUCUCGCACACCGGCUUUUCCGAGAGCAAGCUGACCUUCGUUCCUUGCGGUGCCGCCGUCGGCGAGAAUCUCCAGCAACGGUCGGAAGAAACAGGCCUUUCGAUGUGGUACAGCGGCCCGACGCUGGUGGAGGCUCUCGAUAAGCUCGAGCCACCUCAGCGACAGCUGGAUGCGCCGCUGAGAAUGCCCAUUACGAACGUCUUCAAGGGUGGUCAGACAGCCAUCUCUUCUGGCAUUGGCGUCAGCGGUAGACUUGUUGCGGGCGUCUUGUCCAUCGGAGAUCGACUGAGCGUCGUCCCAGGUGACGAGAGCGGCGUCGUCCGAGCAAUCGAUGUCGAUGGGGAGAGCGCGCCGUGGGCCGUAGCUGGCUCGUCUGUCACCGUCUUUCUCGGGGGCAUCGACAUGAUCUUUAUCAACAUUGGCUCGGUUUUGUGCCCUCCGACGGCGCCCGUACCCGUCGUGUCGAACAUCGUCGCUCAGGUCCUCGUCUUUGAGCCUACACUGCCGCUGCUGGCCGGCACAUCGCUGGAGCUAUUCCACCAUUCGUCGAACCUCAGCGUGACACUGUCGGAGCUCAUUGCGACGCUCGAUCUCAAGACGGGCGCCGUCAUCAAGACGAAACCUAGGGUGCUUUCCCGAGGCGUCACGGCCAAGGUCAGAAUCACUCUGGCCCAAGCGACGCCGUUUGAGCCAUUUGCAAUCAGCAGAGACAUGGGCAGGGUGCUUCUCCGCAUGCAUGGCGAAACUGUCGCGGCGGGCAUUGUGCUAGAGACUUUGUAG